CCAUUCAUCACUGGGGACGAGUUGCGUCGGGAGCUGCCUGCUGACCAAGCAGUUUACUGUAUGCAACGAAUGGCGCCCUACAACGACCCACAGGCACCACCGGGCUCAUUCGACUACGUGACGUUCAGUCGAAGUCUCCAAAGCAAACAAUUAGGCCAGGCUUUCAAUUCGGCAAUGGAACCAUGGGCUCUUCCUACCGUUUGCUGGCGAGGAAAGAAGGAAAAGCUG